AUGGUUCUCAUAUUGCUUAUCUCUUGUUGUAUGUGGACGAUAUUAUUUCUUACGGCUUCUUCUGAUAAGCUUCGUCAGUCUAUUAUGUCCAAACUUAGCUCUGAUUUUGCUAUGAAGGAAUUGGAUCCUCUACAUUAUUUUUUGGGUAUUGUUGUUACUCGUACUUCUGCGGCACUCUUUCUCUCUCAACAGCGGUAUGCAUCUGAGAUUCUUGAAAAAGCAUGCAUGCCUCACUGUAAGUCUGUUUCUACUGCUGUUGCUACGUCUGGGAAACUUUGUGUUGAUACGGUUUCUCCUUGUGAUGAUCCUACGUUGUAUCGUAGUCUGGCUGGUGCUUUACAGUAUCUUACUUUUAAUCGACCGGAUAUUUCCUAUGUCGUUCAGCAAGUUUGUCUAUAUAUGCAUGAUCCUCGAGUUGAGCAUAUGGCUGUUAUUCACCGCAUUCUUCACUAUGUCCAGGGUACUCUACACCACGGUCUGCAAUUGUAUCGCUCUCCUAGUUCAUCUCUUUUAUCCUAUACCGAUGCAGACUGGGGUGGGUUUCCUGACACCCGUCGCUCUACUUUUGGCUAUUGUGUUUUGCUGGCUGAUAAUUUAGUAUCUUGGUCCGCUAAACGGCAGCCUACUGUGUCUAAAUCCAGUACUGAGGCUGAAUAUCGUGGUGUUGCUAAUGCUGUUUCUGAGACUUAUUGGAUUCGUAACUUACUCCUUGAGCUUCACUGUCCUAUUACUACGGCUACUAUCGUCUAUUGUGACAAUGUUAGUGCAGUUUAUUUGGCCGGUAACCCAGUGCAUCACCAGCGAACUAAUCAUAUUGAGAUCGACGUUCACUUUGUUCGUGAACAAGUUAAACGUGGUGAUGUUCGGGUACUUCAUGUUCCUUCUCCUUAUCAGAUUGCUGACAUUUUCACUAAAGGACUUCCUCGGGUCCUAUUUGAUGAUUUUCGAUCCAGUCUCAACGUGUGUCAACCUCUCGAUUCGACUGCGGACACGUAUAUGAUGGACAAAUGGAAGACGUAUUUUACUGAUUUUUCUUUCAUUUAUGGAAUUGCGACAAUUUUAGAUCCAUGUUUUAAGACGAAAAAUCUUACUAUAUUAAUUGGAUUUUAG